AUGUCUGAUUUAAUUGAAUUUAAACAGAAGAGGAAAAUUGCAAAAGGAAAAUUAACCAGAUUAAAUAAUUUUAUUAGUAAUUUAGAUGAAAAUAAUAUCGAUGAGUCGGAGUUAAAUAAUUUACAAACGCGGUUAGACAAAAUUGAACCGGUAUUGGAAGAAUACGAAGAGAUUCAAACAAAUAUUGAAUUAAUAGAACCGUCGGACACAGAUGAUAAUGAUAGGCGCGAUUUCGAAAAUACAUAUUUUACCUUAAUAGGUAGAAUAAAAUGUCUGUUAAAUACGAAUGCACGUGGCUCGGUUGCUAUGCAAGAUACUGGUUCGAAUGCGAGUGCGUCUAGUUCUCAUUCAGGUAGACAUACUAGACCUGGUAGUUCGGUUAAGUUACCACCGAUAAAGUUACCUGUCUUUGAUGGUGAGUAUGCCAAUUGGUUAGAUUUUAAGGAAAUGUUUAAGGCUUUAGUUGACAGAGACGAAUCAUUAAAUAAAAUUCAAAAGUUUUAUUACUUGAGAAAUUCUCUAACAGAUUCAGUUAAAGAUAGGAUUAAAUCUAUUGAACUUACCGAAGAAAAUUAUGAGGUUGUUUGGAACAUUUUAAACGAGCGUUAUGAGAGUAAACAGUUAACAGUUUACAACCACAUAAAUGCCAUAUUUGAAUCUCCUAAAUUAGAAAAAGAAUCUUCGGUAGGUUUAAGAGAUUUGCAUGACAAUGUCACUAAACAUUUACGGGCGUUAAAGAGUCUGGGUGAAUACGUAGAGCAUUGGGAUAGGCUUAUUAUUUAUAUAAUAGCGAACAAGUUUGAUCCUACAACAAAGCGCGAUUGGGAAACGUACACCCCGGAGGGGGAGUUAGCGACUCUAAAAGAUUUAGAAAAGUUUUUGAAGUUUAAAUGCCAAGUUUUGGAAAAAUUAACAAUGAAUAACGCGAAUUUAGCCGUAGAAAAAAAGAAGAAUUUUAAUCAGGGGAAGCUACAAAGCCACGCUCAAAGGGUAUUAGCUACGGCGAUCGUUUUCGUAAAAUCAGGAGAGAAUAAAUGGGUAAAAUGUCGCGCAUUACUUGACGGUGCGUCACAAAGCAAUAUCAUGACAUGUAAUUUAAGCAAUAAAUUAAUGCUAAAAUGUUCAGAGACUACUCACGUAUUGAGGGGUAUCGGAAAUGCAUCUACCUUGAUAAAUGAUCAAGCGAAUAUCACGAUUAAAUCCCAAUACGGCAAUUUUACUAAGGAUUUGCGCUGUCUAGUUUUACCAAAAAUUACAGAAAAUUUGCCGACUUACUCGUUUGAUAAAAAUUUAAUUCAAAUUCCGAAAUAUGUUAAAAGCCUAGCAGAUCCUGAAUUUAAUAUUAGUUCAGAAAUAGACCUUUUAUUGGGAUCGGAAAUAUUUUGGAUAUCAUUAUUAACUGGUAAAAUAUCUUUGGGUAAAAACGGACCGGUACUUCAAAAUACUGUAUUUGGGUACGUACUUGGGGGCAACCUACAAAUUGGUUCACCUUGGAAUAUUGGAAAUAAUAUGUCCACGACUUGUCUUGUACGUAACCAUUUGAAUAAUACCAAAGACGAAUGUAAUGAUGCGUUGGUAAGAUUUUGGAAUAUAGAGGAGGUAACAACUGAUAAAUCAAAUCUAAGUAUUGAGGAAAAAAUAUGUGAAGAGCAUUUCAAGAAAACGACGACAAGAGAUGAUCUUGGAAGAUUUGUAGUAGAUUUACCGUUCAAUGAACAGUUGGUAAACUUGGGAAAUUCCUAUGACAAUGCAUUACAUCGUUUCCAGUUGCUUGAGAAGCGAUUAGGAAAAAAUCCACAACUGAAGCGUCAGUAUUGUGAAUUUAUGUCUGAAUUGGAAGAAAUGAAACAUAUGUCUGAGGUACCUGAUCUAGAGAAGGUUAGUUACGUUGAAGGUUACUUUAUGCCACAUCACAGUGUUAUAAAAGAGGAUAGCCUCACCACGAAAUGUAGAGUUGUUUUUGACUCUUCAGCAAAAACGAGUUCCGGUCUCUCUCUAAACGAUGUCCAGAGAGUUGGACCUAAUUUACAACAAGAUGUUUUCUCAAUUUUAGUGAGAUUUAGGAGAUAUAAAUACGUGAUGACAGGUGAUGUGUCAAAGAUGUUUCGACAAAUUUUGGUGAAUGAUAAAUAUCGGAAAUAUCAAAGAAUUAUAUGGCGUCCAGAUCCUUUAGAGAUUCUAAAGAUCUUUGAGAUAAAUAGGUUAGUUUUUGGAAACGCUUCCUCACCAUAUAUCGCCGUAAGAUGUUUAUUUCAACUAGCGUUUGAAAAUGAGGAAAAAUAUCCAGAGGCAUGUGAAAGAAUUAAGAAUGACAUGUAUAUGGACGACUUAUUGACUGGUUCAGAUUCCAGCAAUGAAUUACUAAGUAUGCAAAGGGAUAUUUCAAGUAUAUUGGCUAGUGCAGGAUUUACGUUAAGAAAAUGGCUCACAAAUGAUCAUGGUCUCCUAAAAAGGUUUGAAGUGACAAAGGAAAUAGAAAUAAGUAUCGUGAGUAUAGGUGAGAAUGAACAAAAUAAAACAUUAGGGGUGUACUGGAAUUCCAGUCAGGAUUUGUUCCAGUACAAAAUAAGUGACUUUGACAAUUCCCAGGGACGAGUUACGAAACGGCGUAUUCUUUCAACUACUUGUCAGAUCUUCGAUCCCUUGGGAUUGCUAGGCCCUAUAAUAAUAGUAGCGAAACUUAUUAUACAAGACCUUUGGAAAUUGAAACUAGAUUGGGACGAAGACGUUCCACCAAAUUUAAGACAGAAAUGGUUAAAUUUUCAAACUGAAUUACCAGAAAUAAACAGGAUUGAAGUUCCUCGUAGAGUUGUGUUCACAGAAAGUAUGCAAAUAGAGGUUCAUGGAUUUUGUGAUGCCUCAGAAAAGGCUUACGGAGCAUGCAUAUAUUUAAGGUGCGUGUUUAAUUCUGGACGAAUAAUAUCAAAUUUAGUUUGCGGCAAGUCAAGGGUAGCGCCUAUAAAGCAAGUCAGCCUACCGCGCCUUGAAUUAUGCAGUGCAUUAUUGUUAGCCAACCUAGCAAAAAGAGUUGUAUCAGACAUGAAGAUACAGCACUUGAAGCAAUACUAUUGGUCAGACUCGAUGAUAGCAUUGGGGUGGAUAAGAAACCCCUCUAAGAGAUGGAAAACCUUUGUUGCCAACCGAGUCAGCGAGAUACAGACUCUAACUAAUAUUGAAUCGUGGUCCCAUGUAAAAUCAGAGGAAAAUCCUGCGGACUUACUAUCCCGUGGAGUAAGUAUUAUUUACCUGAUCGAUUGCGAACUUUGGUGGCACGGUCCAAAAUGGUUAGAACAAGACACUAGUAGUUGGAACUCUUCGGUAAAAAUCGACGUUAAUGAUCUUCCAGAAGAAAAACUUGUAACUUGUAUGACGAUCAUUAAAAGGGACAAUAUAAUUAUGAAUUUGAUAUUAAAAUGCUCAUCUCUACAGAAGCUCCAGAGAGUAACCGCUUAUGUAUUAAGAUUUAUUAGCAAUCUGAGAACAAAAGAAAAAACACUCAGGAAUUUUGAAAAUUUAACUCCAAGAGAAUUAGAUAACUCUUUAAAUAUUCUAAUUAAGACAAUUCAGGUUCAUGUUUACCCGAGAGAAUACGAAGAACUACAGAAACAAGGAUCUGUAAGUAAAAGGAGUGUACUACUGCCUUUAAAUCCGUUUAUUAAAAAUAAUUUAAUAAGAGUAGGGGGCAGAUUAAGAUAUUCAAACCUGCCUUUUGAUAAAAAAUUUCCAGUUAUUUUACCAAAAUCUAAUCAUUUAACUACACUAAUUUUAGAACAUGAACAUAAACGAUUAUUACACUGCGGAGUUCAAUCUUUAUUAUGCUCCAUAAGGGAAAGGUAUUGGCCUAUUUCAGGGAGGAAUUCCUGUAAAAAGGUAAAAAAUAGUUGCGUUACUUGUUUUAAAGCCAAUCCUACGGUUGGUACUUAUCUAAUGGGUGAUCUUCCAGACGUCAGAGUUAACAGUUAUUCUCCUUUCAUACAUACAGGUGUAGACUAUGGUGGCCCAUUCAUUAUCAAAGACAGAAAAACGAGAGGUGCGAAAUUGUUAAAAGCAUAUAUUUGUUUAUUUAUUUGUAUGAGUACACGUGCGGUGCAUCUCGAACUAGUAUCUGAAUUGACAACUGCUGCAUUUUUAUCCUGUUUGCAAAGGUUCGUAAGUAGGCGCGGAAAACCGAGUAAAAUAUUUUCGGACAACGGAUUAAAUUUUGUUGGAGCCAACAAAGAACUCUCCAAAAUAUCAGAUUUUUUAAAGGAAAAUGAAACGGUGAUCGUAAAUCAUUUAGCUAAUGACGGCAUCUCUUGGCGGUUUAUACCCCCUAGAUCUCCACAUUUUGGAGGUAUAUGGGAAGCGGGAAUUAAAAGCACAAAGCAUCAUAUUAAAAGGCUUUUAAAACACCCUCUAACUUACGAGGAUUUUUACACGUUGCUGGUGCGCAUUGAAGGCAUUUUAAACUCCCGCCCACUAUGUCCUAUCAGCCAAGAUCCUGACGACCUAAGCGCAUUAACACCUGCACAUUUUUUGGUUGGUAAAACGCUGACGGCACUCCCGGAAUUUAAUGUGACUGAUGUCCCAGAGUCCAGAUUGGAUAGAUGGCAGCACAUUCAAGCUAUUUCACAACAUUUUUGGUCUCGUUGGAGUAAAGAAUACCUUGGAGAACUACAGACGAGAACAAAAUGGAGAACACAAUCCCAAAUGCAUUUAGCACUUGGAGCUUUGGUAAUAAUUAAAGACGAAAAUGCUCCCAGUAUGUCCUGGCAAAUGGGCAGAAUAACCAAGCUUCAUCCAGGGAAGGACAACGUAGUUCGCGUUGUGGACAUAAAAGUGCCGAAUGGUGAAAUUACGCGAGCUGUGAACAAGAUUUGUAUCUUACCUAUUAAUUAA